CCAAGAUCUCCUGAACCAUGCUGCUCAUGCUGCAGAAAGGACACCUCCACACUUCUAUACUAAAAUGUAGCAAGACACUGCACUGUACCACCUGGGAGGAGCACUUGGAACAUCUGCAUGCUGUCUUGGAUCGUCUCCACUCUGCCGGGCUGACCACAAAUUCUUCCAAGUGUGUCUUCGCCGCUGCAGAGUCAGAGUACCUGGGCCUCAUCAUCGGAAAUGGGGUGAUAGGGCCGCAAGUCAAUAAGAUCCAGGCUAUAGAGUCAUGUUCGUUGCAACACACAAGGAGGCAACUUCGGUCUUUCUUGGGCAUGGCAGGCUUCUAUCACCGCUUCAUCCCACAGUUCUCUGCCAGGGCAGCUCUUCUCACAGACAUGACAGGAUCUCGGUGUCCCAAUCAGAUCCGGUGGACAGAAGAGGCGGUGGCGGCUUUCCAGGACAUCCAGCAAUCACUAAGGGUCUGGGGGCGGUGCUUCUCCAGGGACCACCAGACGACCGCCAUCCAGUUGCCUACAUCAGCCGGAAAAUAUUCCCCCGAGAGGUUAGGUAUUCAACGGUGGAAAAGGAGGCACUGGCUAUCAAGUGGGCUCUUGACUCCUUCCGUUAUUACCUCCUGGGCAGAGAAUUCAUCCUUGAGACAGACCACAAAGCUCUUCAGUGGAUGGAAAGAAUGAAGGACACCAAUGGCCGGAUUACUCGGUGGUAUCUGGCACUACAACCUUUCUGCUUCAUCAUCAAGCACAUCCCUGGCAAGGAUAACAACACAGCUGACUACCUCUCUCGCAGUUCCAGCGAGAGUCCUGAAGGGCUGUGUGUGUGAUGGCCUAAGCCACACAGGUUAACAGCCAGCAAUGGUAAUACCGCACACAAGCCAUGUUUUAAGUACACAAGUUAAGUUAUUUUUGCAGUUAGCCACACCACACACAAUUCAUGAUUUCAAAACACAGAUCACAUAGUUUAUUUCAGGUAUAAUAUACAUUUAUUUUCUUUAGCCAUACACUGUUUAAAUGGAGUGCACACAUUUUCACAUUGUAUGGUUAUGUAGCCUAAACAUUUUCUGUUCUAUUAAUCAUUGUUUUUUUGUUACAAUGUUGGUGAGAAGUCUGUCCUGGGGGAAGAAAGGUGUGGCUAAGGGUGGAGGACUGUUUUAUCCAGUGGCCUGCCAAUCAAGCCGUACCAUGGGCUGCCAUAUUGGAGGGGGAUUUUGGGUUUAGUUUGUUUUACUUUGUAGUUGUUGUAUUUGUCGUCCAUUUUGUUUGUGUAAAUUGGUUUCGCCAAGCCACUAUAUAUGUUCCCUUGUGUCUCAUUCAGUUAGGUCAGUUUGUUCAGUUCAUAUCCUGUUUUGUGUAUAGUUAUGUUUUCUUGACCUCUUUUAUAGGCCUAGAUGUUAAGUUUUUGGUUUCUAUUGUUCAACUUUUUGGGGGUAAAUAAAAACCCUGUUUUUCAAAAAACUCCUGUUCUCCUCGUUGCUUGUCUGUUUGGUCCCUGACAUUUAACAUAAUACUGUAUAAUCUUAAACAAUAUAAGGGUCAAUACUGCAUGAAUACCCUACUUUUACUUUUGAUAGGCUAAUUAAAUACAUUUUAGUGUUAAUGAGUUCCCCACUCACAGUACACAUUAAAGAUGAUGUAAAUAAUGAUUGUUUGGGUCAGACGCCACAGAGGUCAUGACAUAAAGUUCAUGAAGAGAUUGAGACUUCUGUCAGCCAAUCCCCAGGCGGUGGGCGGGGUUAUGGAGCGUCCAGCUCACCUGACACCGGCUGCGCGUGUUCUGUAGUAAUCCUGUUUUGAAUGUCGUUAUUGACAUACACUGGAGUUUGCUGCAGCUCUUCUCUCUCCUCUGAGUCUUUAUCGAUAUCCCUCUGCCACAUAGCCCGCGGAGAAAGUCCUCAGGUACCUUUUACUGUUGGGGGGCAUGGAACCUCUGCGGAAGGAGGCGCAGGAUAAUCCGUCGGCUUCAGCUAAUCUUCUCUCCAAGAUUUUCUUCUGUUGGCUGAAUCCCUUGUUCAGAAUCGGGUACAAGAGGAAGUUGCAGGAAGAUGACAUGUAUGAAGUUCUCCCAGAGGACGGAUCCGAUAGACUUGGGGAGGAGCUGCAAUGGUACUGGAACAGAGAGGUUCAAAAGGCAGCAAAAGAUCUGCGCCCCCCUGGACUUGCCAAAGUUCUUGUUCAGUGCUAUUGGAGAUCAUACUCACUCAUUGGAAUAUACAUCUUUAUAGAGGAAGUCAUCAAAGUCAUUCAGCCGGUGCUACUUGGAAAGAUAAUUGAGUACUUUGAGAGUUAUGACCCCACCAACACAGCUGCAGUCUAUGAGGCCUACAGCUAUGCCGCAGCCAUCUCCCUGUCAACCAUUUGCCUGGCCGUCCUUCAUCAUCUCUAUUUCUACCAUGUCCAGCGAGCAGGCAUGAAGAUUCGCGUGGCCAUGUGCCACAUGAUCUAUCGGAAGGCUCUUUGUCUUAACAGCGAAGCACUGACCAAAACUACCACAGGACAAAUUGUAAACCUCUUGUCCAAUGAUGUCAACAAAUUUGAUGAGGUCACCUUAUAUUUGCAUUUCUUGUGGAUUGGUCCUCUACAAGCAGCCACUGUAAUAAUAUUGUUGAUGUAUGUGAUUGGCCCAUCAUGCCUUGCGGGAAUGGUCGUCUUCUUUAUCCUGAUGCCAAUACAGACUAUGUUCGGACGCUUGUUCUCUCAUCUCAGGGCUGAAACAGCAGUCUUAACAGAUGAUAGAAUACGCACUAUGAAUGAAGUCAUCGCUGGAAUCCGCGUUAUAAAGAUGUAUGGGUGGGAGAAGCCUUUCGCUGCAUUGGUGGAUGAGGUCAGAAGAAUGGAAAUCUCCAAGAUCAUGAAAAGCUCCUACCUGCGUGGCUUGAACAUGGCGUCUUUCUUUGUCGCCAGCAAGAUCAUCAUCUUCAUCACCGUCUGUAUCUACGUUCUGACAGGAAACGCGUUGAGUGCUAGCAGAGUGUUUAUGGCAGUUUCCCUCUACGGUGCGGUCAGACUCACCAUCACACUCUUCUUUCCCCUUGCCAUAGAGAAGGUCUCUGAGUCUCUCAUCAGCACAAGAAGGAUUAAAAAUUUUCUUCUGCUGGAUGAAGUUGCUCCUGAGCAUCAGGUGCUUACUGUAACAGAGAAGGACUGUAUGGUGAAUAUUCAGGAUUUAAUAUGCUACUGGGAUAAGAUGCUAGAGACUCCAACUUUACAGAACGUGUCUUUUACCGUGAGGCCAGAGCAGCUCCUGGCCAUAAUUGGACCUGUUGGAGCUGGAAAGUCCUCACUCCUCAGUGCCAUCCUAGGAGAACUGAGUCAGUCAAGUGGUGUGGUCAAGGUCAAAGGAGAGCUGACAUACACUUCUCAGCAGCCCUGGAUUUUACCUGGUACGAUUCGAAGCAACAUCCUUUUUGGCAAAGAGCUCAACCCUCAGAAGUAUGAUAGAGUCCUGAGAGCCUGCGCCCUCAAGAGAGACAUGGACCUUUUGCCAGGUGGUGACUUGACAAUGGUCGGGGACAGAGGGGCCAACCUAAGUGGAGGACAGAAAGCAAGGGUCAGCUUAGCAAGAGCAGUGUAUCGGGAUGCAGAUAUCUACUUGCUGGAUGACCCACUCAGCGCCGUGGAUGCUGAAGUGGGAAGGCACCUCUUUGAAGAGUGCAUUUGUGGACUUUUGAGGAAGAAGCCUCGUAUUCUGGUUACUCAUCAGCUACAGUAUCUGAAGGCUGCAGAUCAAAUCAUUGUCUUGAAGGAGGGUCAGAUGGUGGCAUGUGGGACCUACAGUGAGUUGCAGGGCUCUGGACUAGACUUCACCUCCCUGCUUAAGGAGAAGGAGGGCCAGGAGGAGGAUAGGCAGGGCACGACACCCAUCCCUGGGUCUGUCUCCCGCUGCCCCCAUACGCUCUCUGACAACUCACUGUCCUCUAUGUCCUCCCUCUCCUCCUCUCGGUACUCUUUGUUUGAGGGAGCAGAGCCACUUGCAGUGGUAGUGCAACCAUUGGAGGAGGAAAGCCGCUCAGAAGGAAACGUCGGCCUGCAUAUGUAUGUGAAGUAUUUCAGGGCAGGCGCCAACUUCCUGGUCCUCUUGAUCCUCAUUUUACUCAAUGCCCUAGCACAUAUUACGUUUGUGCUCCAGGACUGGUGGCUUGCUUGCUGGGCCUCUGAACAGAAUCACGUCAAUGUGACAGAGCACCUCAAUGGCAGCAUCCCUCGGCAGCUGGACCUUGACCUGUACCUAGGUGUUUACGCAGGUUUAACAGCCACUUCAGUAGUGUUUGGCUUCCUUCGCAGCUUGGUCUUCUUUAAUGUCCUGGUGAGCUCGGCUCAAACCCUACACAACAGCAUGUUUAAUGCCAUCCUCCGGACCCCGGUACACUUUUUCGAUAUCAGUCCAAUUGGAAGAAUCCUCAACAGGUUUUCAAAGGACAUCGGUUACCUGGACUCUCUGCUCCCAUGGACGUUUGUGGACUUUAUCCAGGUAUUUCUUCAAGUCACUGGAGUGAUUGCAGUAGCUGCCAUCAUCAUACCCUGGAUCCUUAUUCCCGUUGUUCCCCUUGUUGCUGUCUUCCUGUGUCUGCGAUGCUACUUCCUGCAGACCUCCAGGGACAUCAAGCGCCUAGAGUCUACCACUCGGAGUCCCGUAUUCUCCCACCUUUCUUCCUCGCUUCAAGGCCUGAGCACCAUCCGUGCCUUCAAGGUUCAGCAGAGGUUUCAGCAAAUGUUUGAUGAAUAUCAAGACCUUCAUUCAGCGGCCUGGUUCUUAUUCCUGACCACUUCUCGCUGGUUUGCGGUGCGUCUUGAUGGAAUUUGCUCGGUUUUUGUCACCAUUACUGCUUUUGGCUGCCUUUACCUCAGGGAUGGACUUGAGCCAGGUGCAGUGGGUCUGGCGCUAUCUUAUGCUGUGACACUUACAGGCAUGUUCCAGUGGGGCGUCAGACAGAGUGCCGAGAUCGAGAACAUGAUGACAUCAGUGGAGAGAGUGGUUGAGUAUGCAGAGCUGGAGAGUGAAGCACUGUGGGAGACGGACAAACAGCCUCCGCAUGAUUGGCCCAAGACAGGCUCCAUCACCUUUGACAGAGUCAACUUCUCUUACAGUGCCAGUGAGCGUUUGGUCCUAAAGAACCUGACUGUUGUCUUCAAAUCCAGAGAAAAGGUUGGUAUCGUUGGACGUACUGGUGCUGGUAAAAGCUCUCUGAUCUCGGCCUUGUUCCGGCUGGCAGAACCUGAGGGAAGAAUAAUGAUUGAUGGUUUUCUGACUUCGGAGAUUGGUCUGCACACCCUGCGCCAGAAAAUGUCCAUCAUCCCACAGGACCCAGUUCUCUUCACGGGCACCAUGAGGAAGAAUCUGGACCCUUUCAGGCAGCACACAGACGAGGACCUGUGGAAUGCACUCCAAGAGGUGCAGAUGAAGGCCGUGGUGGAGGACCUGCCCAAUAAGCUGGAUACGGUGCUGACUGAGUCAGGCUCUAACUUCAGCGUGGGCCAGAGGCAACUUGUGUGUCUGGCCAGGGCCAUCCUCCGGAAAAACCGCAUCCUUAUCAUUGAUGAGGCCACAGCCAAUGUGGACCCAAGAACUGACAGCCUCAUCCAGCAGACUAUCCGGCACAAGUUUCAAGAGUGUACAGUCCUCACCAUUGCUCACAGGCUCAACACUAUCAUUGACUGUGACAGAAUACUGGUUCUGGCUGCCGGAAGGAUCCAGGAGUAUGAUCAGCCAUAUGUGCUGCUCCAGAACCAGGACGGGCUCUUUUACCAGAUGGUCCAACAGACAGGUAGAGCUGAGGCCGCCUCGCUGCUGCACACAGCCAAACAGGUUUACAUGAACAAAAAGCGAGUGACAGAAGUGCACUGUGCCAAGGACAUCUGUGUCAUCUUUGAGACGUCUCUUUGACAGUUUGGAGAGUCGCUGUGGCCCUCACGUUUGCCAUCACUGACCAAAUCUUUUGCCAGAUAUACUUAGAAUCCUUACUGUGAAUUAAAAUGUCUUUAGAUUCCCAGCAGGCCCCUAGCAUAGUAUGUACUGCCUUGGAUAGUGAUAGUGCUUUGGUCUGGAACAGAAAAGAGGCAAGUAUCUGAGGCAGGAUGUGCCUUUAUUGACAACAUAUUACUGCAUGGCUGUUUAUUGAUUACACCCUGCUAUGAUUAUGUAUGUGUGUUCCGGCCUCUUGGGUAGCUUCAAUCCUGCACGGGUGCUCAGAUGUGUUAAUCCUGGUGCAAUAAAUUAUUGGUGGCUUAAAUUAUUCUCUUAAGGCAAACAUUGUUUUGUAGGACUGUGGUCUUUUUAUUAUUUGGAAAAUGCUUGAAAAGACAAGGAGAACCUGAGAGCAGACACCAGCGCUUUCAGUAAUUAUUGUGCCUUAAUCAGACUAUUGAUUUAUUUAUUUUUUUUUGUAAUUGCACUGUUUUCAUUGAGUAGUCUUCUAGCACUUUGAUGAUAGUGGUUUUAUGUCUACCUCAGCUCUUGUCAGGAAACAACAGUAAAGUUUAAAUGUGUCAGGCCAUGUACCGGCGGUGACUAACACCAAGAAACAUGGGACAGAAGUUUAAAGUUUAUGGCCUCUGAACAGUGUUUUCCAGUGUAAUAUCAACUUUCUCUCUUUACUGUUUAGAUAAAUGGGCUGUUAUUACUUUGAAAAGUAGCACUUUUUACUUUGGCAAUAAUAUUAAAUUUAGAAUGACUAUUUAUAGCUAUGUAACCAUUUACAGUAUUUUAUAUGUCUUUGUGUAUGGGUUUAUAACAGUUUUGUUAAAGGUAAUAUUUCAUGGAGUAUGCACUUAGUAGUUGUUUAGGCAUAAAUAGGUGAUACAAAUGAUCACUUAUAAUUUACAGCAAAUGAAAUUCAAAUAACAUACAAUAAAACAGUAUUGAUCGAG